AGCACCUGUGCCACUUAUCAUCUCACCCCAGCACCUGUGCCACUUAUCAUCUCACCCCUGCUUCACCAGCUGUUCUCAAAUGCUGUGGGUUACCGGGUAUCCAAGACUACCAUGAAGGUACCGGUGAUAACAGCCCUUCCCAAGAACAACUGUCUUCAAGAGCUUCGGCAUUGAGCGCUACAAGCGCUCGAGGAACGUACAAAAUUAACACCUGUCAUGUCCUGCGCACACCUUUCACCGCAGCACUCCCACUAUCCCCCUUCAACAAGCCUGGUGAAGCUUGGGUUGUAUGUCAACCCGCUGGUUAUCGUGAUCAGAUAUUCUGACUCGCAGGUACAGGAUUUGAAGUGCCAAUCAACUCAAUGCUCUUUCCGUCGAGCGCCCAGCACCAAGAAUCUGUACCCCUCCUUUCUGUUCAUCUCGUCUCCUCAGCGACAACCUCUCGCAAUGUUUCAGAUAGUAUCAAUACAUCUUGCUCGGGCACAUCUGACCUACCCAGCCCAUCUGCCCAGGAAGGCCUGAUAUCGCCAGAUGAAUUCAUUCCCACGUUUUCGCAUACACCGGUUUCCCCCAACUCAGGGCCUUAUUUUUCGACCCCCAGCCUUCGCACCUCUCAGUCACCCACUUCACGAACCGAUUUGCCGCGGUUGGAUAUGAACUCUCUCCAGAGCACGUUUGGCCAACUUCCCAUUACGCCUGUUUCGGCUUCACGCCCCUCUGACUUUGAGCAGAGUGCUGCACAUGGCCAGGACCUGAUAAUGCAUGGAUACCUAUCCCCAAGCACUCCUGGUCGUGCAGACUUGUCCAAUUUCUCUCGUGACCAACCAGCCACCAGUACCGAUCCAAACGGCACAGUUCUUGUCGAAGGAAAUGAUAAUCGUAAGCGUGGAUUUGCCAGCGAUCUCUCCGGGAUGCUUCCUACCCCCAUAUCCCCCAGUACAACUUCCGGAAGGACGACCCCUGUCCAAGCGAUCGACUUGACAGAUUGGAUUACUCGGAGUUACGGUCUUGAUCCCAUAGCUGGGGGCGCUUUUGGCAACGUCUGGAAAUGCACCUACGACGAUGGUACAAUAUGCAUCCCGGUUGCUGUGAAGGGAUUCAGAUUUCAAGUCAACAAGCAGACCUCCAAGAAACUGAGAAGAGAAAUGGGUAUUUGGAGAAGACUCAGUCACCCCAAUGUCAUGGAAUUCAUGGGCUAUGCUUUUGGCUUUGGCGUUUCGAUAGCCCUUGUUGCUCGUUGGGCUGCAAAUGGAACUUUGACCGAUUGCCUGGAGAAAAGUUGGCCGAUCAUCACUAUUGCUGAGCAACUAAAUUUGUUGGACGACAUCGCCUCUGGUCUCACUUACUUACACUCCUAUCCUAAUAAUCCCGUUACCCAUGGGGACCUCACUGGGUCUAAUGUUCUUAUCCUCGCGGAUAUGACCGCAUGCAUCGCCGAUUUUGGACUAUCAAGCAUGCUUGGCGACCUGCAAACUGGUACGACUUACCUCGCAGCCACCGCUAUGUAUCCAGGAGCAGUACGAUGGACAGCUCCCGAGCUACUUCUGUCUGAUGAUGUACAGCCAACGACGCUCAGCGACAUUUACUCUCUCGGCAGUAUCAUGCUUCAGGUUCUAUCAGGCAAAGUGCCCUGGCACGAGACCAAGCGUGAAGUGAUAAUCAUACAGGAUAUCCACCAUGGAAACACCCCACCAUGUCCAUCCCACUCUCCCCUUGUGAACGAACUUUGGCCGUUUAUCCGUCAAUGCUGGUCGUUAUCACCAGCCUCACGACCCACAGCAGGCACCGCCCUCGAAUUCAUUCGACAUGUCAGAAUUAAAUUACUCCCAUCCCCUGUAGUUGGCCACGAUGCACCCAGUACCGUUCCACACUCUGCAAGCAGUCCUGGUCCUGGUCCAUCAAAAAAGCCACGCUUGACGAUAAUUACGUAGGUAUCGGAGUCGGACUAUUAUAAUGAAGGACUACUAGUAGGUGAUGAUGGUGAUGAUGCAGACCUUAGCUUGAUGGACGGCUGCAUAGCAGGCAUCCUUUUGUUUAUUUUCGUAUUAACCCUCACUGCACGGCCCCCUCACCUAAAUUUAUCGUAGAUCUAAAGUGACAGGAAGCCCUGUUUAUAAUACACACAUAUGCGUUUAGUAUACCUUUGUAGUCGUUCUUUUGCCUCGAGGGUUCGAUUCGUAAUUCGUUUCCUGUGGUAUCGGAGCUGUGCUUCGUCCUCUGGCA